CGCCUGCUGCCGACUUCGUUGUGAAGCUGUCGCGAUAUGCUACGAGAUUUGACGUCACCCAACCCAAUGAAUGCAUUGACAGACUUUGAACCUCCAGGAAAGAGAGCCAGGAUAGAAGCCCCAACGUCCCCACCGUCCUCAUUACAAGGCUCAUCGCCAUGCAUUCAUAACAAUGACGAUUGGACUUUAGAGCCAGAAGAAGACAACAAUAAGAUGGAUACCAGGCCAAAGUCUGACACCGAUGCUUUACGAGGUGUCAGGACAAAGACUUCACAUCACAGGAUCAGCCCCAGGCAGCAAACCCGGUUGAGAAACACUCUGGAAAGAUGGCUGCUGAAGCCCACCCCAAGAACAAGCACUUCAGAGACGUGCCAGGAUGAAGAGGAUACAGAAAUGAUGGAUGAAGAUAGUUGUCCUCGCUCUCUUGGUGGUCAAAAUACUUCACCACAAGUCAUAUCAGACUCGGAUGAAGAGACGCAACGUUUAACUCCACAAGACCUAGACUGCGACAACCUUGUCCCAAUACUGUUAUCAGAUUCAGAAAGCGAAUCCAUGUGCCAAGAUCCAGGGACACGAAAAGUGGGUGCCACAAGCUCGGGCGGCAUCACCAAAAUCACAGACUUCUUUUCAGGGGCCUUGUCCGCCGGCUCAUCUUUGAGUCGACGCAAGGUGGAUCCGUGCCCGGAACAUCGGGAUACAGACGACGGGACUGCAUCAGGGAAAAGCGGGCCUGAUGUCACCUGGUUGGGGACGCCGGCACGCCAGCUGAGGAGGAUGCCUGAAUGCGGCAGACGACUUCCUCCGCUGAAGGAUGCUCUCGGCGUGCACACCGUGAUGACCAGGACAGACCUCGUUGGUCAAGCCACUGUUCCAUUUCCUGCCGCAUUUGAAGAUACCUGGGACGAUCUCCAUGUCAAAAUGCCUUGUUCUUGCAGAAAUCUAUUUCCUGUUCAAGAUGAGGAAACAAGACAACUUCAGAAUAAGAGUCGGUGGGAGCUGAUAAAGCAGGCUUUAACCAAAAGAAUUUCCAACGUUCCCGAGUUGAAGAGUGCAAUAUUGAAAUAUUGCACUUCCACAGCCAAAAAGUGGGACUUCACUGCGUUGCAUUUGUACUGCACUAAGAUCCUGGAGCCUGAUGCAGCGGAACAUCUGUUUGGCUCCCUGCUGCCAGACAUGGUGCAAUUAGCACUGAGGGCGUCGGAACUGUGCACCAAGCCAAUACCGCUCCUUAAGAGGGGGGCCAGCCACUCCAUCACCAUGUCGCAGGAGCAGGCGGCCUGUUUGCUCGCCAACGCCUUCUUCUGCACCUUCCCGCGCCGCAACUCCAGACGCAGCGAGUACAGCAACUACCCAGACAUCCACUUCUUUCGGCUGUUUGAAGGGUCCUCAUCAAGGAAGAUGGAGAAGUUGAAAACCCUCUUGUGUUACUUCAGAAGUGUCACGGAGCAAAAGCCGACUGGUCUGGUGACAUUCACAAGAAAAACCUUAGACGAUCCUCCAGACUGGGAAAGCUCGCAGACUCUACUCACAAAGCUGCACAUUACAUGCGAAGGCACCAUUGAGGAUGAUGGCUACGGGAUGCUUCAGGUGGAUUUUGCCAAUAAGUACGUCGGAGGGGGCGUCACCAGCUCGGGCCUGGUUCAAGAGGAGAUCCGUUUCCUGAUCAACCCGGAGCUUAUUGUGUCUCGCCUCUUUACUGAAGCUCUGGAUCAUGACGAAUGUCUAAUCAUCACAGGUGCGCAGCAGUACAGCAAAUACACAGGCUACUCCCAGACGUUCAAAUUCAUCGGCAGCCAUCAGGACACAACCCCGAGAGACGACUGGCACAGAAGGUGCAUAGAGAUUGUGGCCAUUGACGCAAUGCCAUUCAGAACAUUUCUGGAACAGUUUCAUCCGGAAAGACUCAACCGGGAACUCAACAAGGCCUACUGCGGCUUUGACCGCCCUGACCAACACAGCGACAACCUGGCCGCGGUAGCAACAGGAAACUGGGGCUGCGGGGUUUUCGGAGGCGACACCCGUCUUAAAGCUCUGCUCCAGAUGCUGGCAGCUGCCGAGGCGGGACGCGAUGUGGCUUAUUUCACCUUCGGAGACAGCCAGCUCAUGACAGAUGUCCACGACAUGCACUCCUUCCUCACUCUGAGGAACAUCAGUGUCGGGGAGGUAUAUGAUCUGCUGGUGGAGUACCACAGCACCGUGUGCAAACCUUGCAGCGGUCGGCGUCCCGACACCGCCCUCUACUCGUUCAUCUACCAGCAGCCACACAAAUCCAGCCUUAAUUGACUUGGCUGUCAGAAAUCACGUUCAAAGUUAACGAGGCCCACCACUGGAAAACUUGAGGUCAUCUCAGGGGGAAAAAAAUCUUUUCAUGUCCUGUAUAAUGUCCUUAAUUGGAUAUUCGUUAAUACAAGGAAGCAUCGUUUUAAGUGUUUAAUUGUGACGCAUUUCAUGCAGUUCAAAAUAAAUGAUAGCUGCUCCUGUUCUGACCAUGCGGCUCCCCUCUCAUCUCUUACUUCACCCGUUUAAUAAGGUCUUGUGUUCUGAUGUGAACUGUACAUGACACCUCAUUAAGUGGAGGGCCAGCCAGUCAAAGGUAAGGGUAAAAGGAACGAGAUACAGCUUCCUUUGAGGUAAGUCGGCUUGACACCUUCAUACUGUAUUUAGCAUGUGACAAAGCUAUUCGGCAACGCUGGUGGAAUAUUUUAGUAAAAGACGUUUCGCCCGCAGUGCAGAGUUACAAGCUAAUAACGCCGAUGCGCUGACUCACUCAAAGUUCUGCGGCAAGCUGGAAAAGGAAAAACCAAGGCCGCCAUGUCGCAUCAGAUGCAUCAACAAGAAAGCAACUAUCCGCCGUUCAGGUUGGUGUUCAUUACUCAUUCUUGUUUCUCU